AAUAUCGUUGACGAUCACGUUAAUUAAUUGUGGCAAGCCAUAAUUGUGAUCAAGAGUAAUAUUUGAUCAAUAAUACAGCCCUACCCUAUACUAUGUAUUAUUUAAUGAGUUACUUCUUUAGACAUGAACGAGGAGGUUUUGGCUGUAACGAAGAAUAAAGACUCCUCCCUCACUAAGAAACUGCAACACGCAGUCUUACUCUCAGCAGGAAAUAUUUGCAGAGAUAAACAAGUCUUCUUUUCUCAUCUGUUUUACGAUAAUUUUACACCAACCAUGGACAAACCUUUAAGGGAUUCAAAACCACAGAAAGAAACUCUUUUUGAAUCUUGGGUUUACAGGAUUCCUGCUCUUUUGUUCGAGAGAGAAAGUAAAACUCUUCUAGCCUUUGCAGAGCAGAGGAGGUCUGAAGACGAUAGCAAUGCAAAAAACUUGGUUGUGAAAAAAGGAAAACUGAAGAAGGAUAAAAUCUCUGAUGUGAGGACGAUUGAGUGGUCAGACUUCAAACCAUUGAAUAAGGCACGUUUUGAAGGUCACCGUUCUAUGAACCCCUGCCCGGUCUAUGACAAAACCCAAAAAACACUUUUCCUGUUUUUCAUCUGUGUUGAGGGUACUGUCUCUGAGGGCUGGCAGAGGAAACAUUACACCAACAAGGCCCAUCUCUGCUACAUCACAAGCAAGGAUCUUGGAGAAACCUGGAGCAGAUUGACUGAUUUGACUGACCAACUGGGUGAAAUAAAAACCUGGGCCACAUUUGCUGUUGGGCCAGGCCAUGGUCUUCAAACAGAGAGUGGUAGAUUGAUUGUUCCAACUUAUGCUUAUACUUCUUCCUGCAGCUCAUGUCUCUCCUGUGACAAGUGCAAGUGCAAUGCUCCAUAUGCCCUUCCCCUGUAUAGUGAUGAUUCUGGUCAAACAUGGAAGUUUGGAAAAAUGCUUCAAAAGGAGUCAAUUGAGUGUGAAAUGGCAGAGUUUUUUGAUGAUAAAGACAAGAGUUUCAUCUACUGCAAUGCUCGUACAAGGGGAGGCCACCGUGAAGAAGCUGUCAGUGAAAGUACAGGAAAAGAUUUUUCUAUUCUGAGCAGUGCUGAAAAACUUGUGGAAACAGGUUCAGGUUGUCAGGGAAGUGUCGUUUCCUUUCCAGCUCAAAAUGAAGGUGCAGGUGACGAUCCAAGCCAGAACAAAAACAAGUGGCUGCUCUUCACCCACCCAAGUGAUAAAUCCAAAAGGACUAAGUUAGGAGUGUAUCUGAAUAAAUCCCCAGGUGAUCCAAAUGCAUGGAGCAAACCCUGGAUCAUCAACGAAGGACCCAGUGGUUACUCAGACCUGGCUUACAUUGGUGAUGGCUGGUUUGUAUGUCUAAUGGAGUGUGGGGAGAAGAAAGAAACUGAGCAGAUAGCCUCUGUAGUUUUUAGCUACAACAAAGUCAACCAGGGCAUUGGAGAGUAAACAAAUGUGAAAUCAUUGCCUUUAACUGAGGUGAAGCCUUCUCUCUAUGGUAAAUCCUUGUAUGGGACUAUUCACCUAAAAUGAUUAAGAGCUCUGGAAAUACACCCGACUUUAAGAUGCUGAGAUUAUAAAACCAACCUUGAAAAUGUAUGAUAAUAUGCUAAUGAUAAUGGGGGGGGGGGGUUCUUAACUACAGUAAAGUCAAAGAGAGCACUGUGAAGUUUAUUGUUUUUUCUGCAGAUAAACCACAAAUUAUGUUUUGUUUUCCUCAUAUGAGACAAAAGUAAAGUAACCUGUUGUGUUCUAUAAGUAAUGCUAUUGCACUGAAAUCCAAUUUACAACUACUAAAUAUAUGGAAAAUAACUCACAAUGAAAGUUACAAUUACUCACACUAUCCACUAAAAUGAUUGCUUUUGUUUGAUUUGAUUUUAACUGUAAAAAAAACAUUAAUUAUGUGUUAUACUUUUCUAACAUUUUAUAUUUCUGAUGUUUAAACAAUGCUCUUUAAGUUGUUUAUUAAAUGUAAAAAAUUAAAAAUAAAGUUAAAGGAUUUUAACAAAUAAA